UGGUGAACACACAAUUCUCGCGUACACAGAGUCACACCCAGCGGCUCCGGGCUUCUCACAGCGGAGCAAGAAUCCUGCAGAGGAAACAAGCACCAUAGGAAGCAGGAGAGGGACGGCGGGCCUUAGAGAAAAGGAAGAAAAGCGAAAUAGAAUGACCAGCUACUGCAUUAUGAGACUGUGACGGUGGAAGGAAUGGAAUGUUGGGUGAUCAUACCGUUUCUGUCCAGCUCCGCCCCCUUAGCCGUAACUGGCUUCGUGUGAGGGUCUUUGGGUUGGCAGGUCGCCACGACAACCAUGACCAACAAAGGGCUGGUGCUGGUCGAGUUUGAAUAUGAGUACAUGGGUCGUGACGGCGGCCUGGUGUCCAUCAAACCCAAUGAGCGCUAUGUCCUCCUAGCCAAGACUAAUGACCACUGGUGGCACGUUUGCAAGGACGAACAUGCCAAGCCCUUCUACAUCCCUGCCAAGUACGUCAAGGAGCUGCCAUCACAUCUACCAUCUCCGCUGGACUUCAUAGAGUCUAUGAACCCUGAGUCGACCCAACACAGGGGCGAAAAAAGGGCCACAGAUACAGCUGAAGACAAACAUCACGAGGUUGCCAUCAGGCUGCAGUCACCGUCCCAGUCCAAGAAGACGGAGAACCGGAUGUCCACCUUCGGCAUCCCCCUGGACAUGCACAACCAAGAAUUCCGACGGGGUGGACUUCCGGAUUCCUUUCUUGCCCUACACUCUCAGGAACCCGCGACAAAAUCAACCUCUAGUAAAAAUACCACCCAGAACACGAAGACACAGACUCCUAGUGUUUUUGACUGUCAGCUUCCCACUGAAGAUUUGCCACAUUUUCCACUUUUACUUCGUGAGCCAAGCUUCCGUCCAGCAGAUCCAAUAAAAAGACAGAUAAAGGCAAAGCCAGUAGCCCCCCCAGAGGUGCAUGAAUCGGUGAAAAAACUCAGUGGAUCCCAGGAGGAUCUGAAGGAGCCCUCAUCUCUUCAUCCCAAGCAACCACUGGAAACUGACAAUAUCUAUGAAUCCAUAUUGGAUGUCGGUCUACAGGACAAGGAAACGCCAGUGUCCGGAAUAGCUCCGGUUCCGAUUCCAGGAGCAGCAGCUCAGUCCCUUCCAACAUCUGCUCACACUCCGUCACAGACAGAGAAUGACGUCCCCAGUGCCUUUCUUUAUCCCAGUGUAAACGAACCCAAAAAUAAUCUUCCACAAGCAACGGUGAAUUCAUCUAACAACAACCAGGAGACAGAUCAGGCCACCGGGGUUGGUGCUUGCAGUUCUCCCAAAGUACAGGAACCUGUACAGGAAGCUCCUUCUGCAACUACCGGCACUGCAACUAACCCAAAGCUGGAGCCGGACGAUACCACUGGGCGCCAUUAUUCCCAGAACCCGCCGACAGGGAGCGCAGUCUGGCCUGUGAAGGCAGCGGAGCCCCAGGAUGAUGUCCCACCUCCGCUCCCUGAAGAAGACUAUCCUAAUGACUGCCAGGACGGCUGGGGGCCGCUGGUCUUUCCUGAGGACUUCCAACCCACCAUCCCUCGGGCCACUGUGGAUUUUAACACGCUGUCAGGCAGGCGACACGCAUAUGGGAAGACAGCGCUCACAGGCGAGGCUAAGCAGGAGCAGCUGCCUGCACCAUCCGGCCAGCCGAAAAUGGGCUUUACCGUCGAAGGCGGAGUCUCUGUCAUGAAGAACUGGAGGCACAGUCUGUCUAACUUCAGCGGAAAUCUGGAUGAUAUAAGCUUUUCAUCAGCUCCCAAGAGAAGAACCUCAGACUGCUCAGGUGAAGAAACACAUCACCAUAGCCAUGUUUUGGAGAAGGCAGGGAUUGUCAACAAGACCAAGAUCUCUGAAAAUGGAAAAAGACUGAGAAAAAGCUGGUCCCAAUCCUGGACAGUACUCCACGGGGGCAUCCUAACAUUUCACAAGGACCCCAAGUCUACCCCAGCGGGAGCAAUUAAUAAAAGCACUCAGAUCAUCCCAGAGUACACAGUCGAGCUACGGGGAGCUACUAUCACCUGGGCGACCAAAGACAAAUCCAGCAAGAAGAACGUUUUGGAGCUAAAAACAAGGCAGGGUUCCGAGUACCUUAUGCAGUAUGACACACUCAGUAUCAUCACUGAUUGGUACGGCACCAUUCUGGAUACCAUUCAUCAGUUGGAUCGGAACGAUCAGAGUGAUGAAGAGGAAGAUGAACACGAUGAGAAGGUGCCAGGUCACGGAGACAAAGACGACAAGGACAAGAAGAAGAGCUAUGGCAGGCACAGCACGCCUGGCUCCGGUACCGACUCAGAGCAGGGCAGGGUGCGGAACAAACUGCGCAGGUUCCUGCAAAGGAGACCAACGCUGCAGUCUGUCAAAGAGAAAGGCUACAUCCAAGAGAAUGUGUUUGGCUGUUCUCUGGAAAACUUGUGUGGCCGGGAGAAAUCCACUGUUCCGUCCUUCGUGAAUAAGUGCAUCAAGUCUGUGGAGAAAAGAGGUCUGGAUACCGACGGCAUCUAUCGAGUCAAUGGUAACUUGGCUGUUAUUCAGAAAUUACGCUACAAAGUGGAUCAUGAGGAAGACCUGGACCUGGAUGACGGACAGUGGGAGGAGAUCCACGUCAUCACCGGCGCCCUGAAACUCUUUUUCCGGGAGCUUCCAGAACCUCUUUUUCCUUUCAGUCACUUCAACAAAUUCAUAGUAGCCAUCAACAAUACUGACUAUUCCCUGAAGAUGAGCAGCAUUUGUGAGCUGGUGAGGUCUGUGCCACAGCCGAACUAUGACACCAUGAAAGUCCUCUUCGGCCACUUACACAAAGUGAUCCAGUUUGGAGAAAAGAACCGCAUGUCAGCCCAGAGCCUGGCCAUUGUCUUUGGACCUACGUUGCUCAGACCUGAGGUGGAAUCAGCCAACCUCACCAUGUACAUGAUCUUCCAGACGCAGAUAGUGGAGUUCAUGCUCAAAGAGACUGAUAAGAUCUUCCAGGCAUGAUAACUGGCGCGUCUGAUGAAGGCGUCCCAAGGACAGAUGCAGAGUGGGGGGGUUGCCGCUGUCCCAUGUGCCUCCCUGAAAGCCAUAUGGACAUAUAAUUCGUCUGUCUAUGCUAUGAAGAAUGGGAUGGGUUGUGGACAAUAGCUACCUACAAAUGCAACGUGUUCUGAUUUUCCCGAGUUCAGCACGUCCCUAGGUCAGUGAGGGAGGGGCUUGCAUCUCACUUCAUUAACCAAUCACAGUCUUCACUGCAUUAAUUAAAACUAGCGUUUUCUGGUAAGCGGCAAGGUGCACAGCUUCAUAAAGUACCCAUGUCAUUGUGCAUGCCCUUUGUUAAGGGACAUAUAGAUGCAGAAAAGCUUCCAUGCAAAGGCUGUACAGAGCAAUGUAAGGGUGCAAUUUAUUUCAUGAUGAUGAUGACGACAACAACCAGCAGUUAAGCACCUUUCGCAAAGGCCCACAAACAUGUGGUUAGUCCACCAGCCUUGACCUGCUGAGCCACACACUGUCCCUGGCUUGCUUACUGGAAGCCUUGAAUUAAAAAAUAUGAAGCCUAACAUGGUGACAUCAUACAACGAAGCCUGUGAUUGGUUAAAGAAGUGAAACAGAAGCCCCUCCCCUGUUGACCCAGGAGGUGCAUUGAAACUAGGGAAGAUCAGCACGCCCUGCGAAUGCAUUCCCUGUUUUCUUGAUAUUUUUGUCUUCCCUCAGAAAUGUAAUAUCUCAUAGAAGAUUAUUAUUAAUGAAAGCUUGCGUGCAAUACUAUUUAGUUUUCUCUUCUGUAAGGUCGUAAUGAAUUGCAUACAGAUUAACUCAUAGGAAAUUGGUAUUGUGCCAAGUACUUACAGCCAAAAUGGAAUUUCGUUUAUGUUAUGUGGCCAUUUGACUUUUAUGAGUAGUGUGCUAACAAAAGGGGGUUUCAGUGCUUAUUGUAUUACUUGAAGGAAUUGUACAUGUUUUUCAGGUAAACCAUGUGACCAUUACUGCAAUCAUUGUAUUUGUUUGACAUAAAAUUUUUAUUGUAAUUUUCUGAAAAAUCUGGUUAUCUUCAUAUUAUUAAACAGGGAAUAUAAUAUUUUGAUUGACUUUUGUACAGCCAUUAAACUGGAUUAUUUUACUUACAUGAUUACUGUGGCUUCCAGUGAACGGAGACACACAUUUCAAAUUAGCCUUAUUAACCCUACAACUUAAAAUUAAAGCAUGUAUUAAGAGAGUUAGUCAGUGUUGUAUAUGGAAGACUGUAAGAACAAGAAUGCCUUAGACUUCAUAUGCAAAUUGGGAAAAAUUGUAAUCCAAUGUAAUGUCAGAACUGAGAUGCAGUAAAGAUUACUGAGCUUCCAGGAGAAAUUUCAGUACUUAUGCAUUUUGGACUAAUUUCCCAUUGAACUGGUUAAUUAACUGAACAAUGACAUCAGUCAGAAAAAUUAAGCGUAAGGACAAAUGUGAGAAACAGAUAAUGUGAGACCUCAGUCGUAGGAGUCCCUGCUGUCAGUGGUCUUUUUUGAAACUCAGGGAAAAUUAGUAGCAAAUCCAAUGAAACCACAUGCAUAUCUGUCUACACCAAAACUCCUACUAUACAUUGUCAUACAGCAAGUUGUGAAAGUUGACAAUGAGUAAGGGUGGUGACAGUUCAAAUAUUUGUUGCUAUAUUGUAUUCUGAGUUUAAGAAUAAACCUCAAAUGUACAGUUAUUUUUGCUGCCUAAAUCUACGGUUAAAUACUAACACAAUAAACUAGCUCUGUCAUCUAC